AUGGCUUCUAAAGAACACAGGAAUGUUCUGCUCAUGGUCGCGGAUGACCUAGGCUUGAUGCUCGGUUGCUAUGGUUUGAAAGCGAUCAAAACGCCACACGCAGAUCAGCUCGCAGCGGACGGAACCAAGUUCAUCAACGCUUUCGCUAGCACCGCAUCCUGCAGUGGGAGUCGCUCGACCAUUUACACUGGCCUUCACACGCACCAGAAUGGCCAAUAUGGUCUGCAGCAAGGCUGGUGCCAUUUUCAGACCCAUGAUCACAUAGAGACCACUCCCCAGAUUUUCAAUUCAUUGGGGUAUCAGACGGGUAUCAUUGGGAAGGUCCACGUAGGUCCAGCCGCGGUCUACCCUUGGGAGUGGUUCGCACCAAGCCUCAGUCGCGAUGUUCGAGAAAAUGCUGCAGAAGCCGGUCGUUUCUUCGACAAGGCUGCGGAGACAGGACGGCCGUUUCAUCUGACUGUUGGACUGCGAGAUCCACAUCGGGAUGAGACAAGGGAGGGAUUUGGGAACGACGAAGACGAUGUGAAAGAUAUCCAGGUGCCUGACUACAAAUCGGAGAAUGUCGAAAUACCGCCCUUCAUUACCGAUGUUCCUGAGCUACGGACCGAGCUUGUCGAGUACUACAAGUCAGUCAGUCGCAUGGACCUCGGGAUUGGCCUUAUUCUCAAGGAGCUCAAGAAGCGAGGUCUGGACCAGAACACUCUAGUCAUCUUUGUUAGUGACAAUGGUGCUCCGUUCCUCAAUUCGAAGACUACGUUAUAUGACGCCGGUGUCAGACUUCCACUGAUAGUUCGUCAGCCUGGUGGGAAGACUGGUGUCGUCAACCCUAAUAUGAUCUCAUUUCUUGACAUACUUCCAACGUGUAUCGAAUGGGCCGGGUACAAAGAUAGUGAUAUCAAGACUGCCAACUCCGAGAAGUCUCCGGUGCGACCAGGCACCCCGUUCCUCCGUAUACUCCAGGAGGGCGAGAUCGCCUCAUCAGAGAAGUGGACGCAGCAUGUAUUUGGUUCCCAUACAUUCCACGAGGUUCAGAAUUACUGGCCUACAAGAUUUAUGAGAGACCACAAGUAUAAAUAUCACCGUAACAUCGCAUGGAGACUCGACUUUCCCUUUGCAUCAGACCUGUAUUCCAGUCUUAGCUGGGAGGGUAUUCGGAAUUCUGAACCUGUUUCAAACGAACAAUCCGACACACCAGAGAUAAUGAUCGGUCGGCGUCGUUUACAAAGCUACAUCUUUCGGGGACCCGAAGAGCUAUUUGAUCUCGAGAACGACCCAGAGGAGAUCGAUAAUCUGGCGAGAAAUCCCGAGUUCGAGACAGUUCUCAAGGAAAUGAGAUCGAAAUUAGAAGACAUGCAGUAUCAAACAGAUGAUCCUUGGCUGUUCAGAGAUGGGGUGAGCGUCAUGACAACCCAAGCAGCACAGAAAGUCGGGAUGAGACUUCCUGAUCGUUUUGAUUUUGACCCCACGAAACCUGGUAAUGCCGCUGGUCCAUAUUGGGCACCGCAAAGCGCGAAGAAGUCUGGUAGAGGUUUGAUUGAGUUUGGUUAG